UGGAAUUUUUAAGCUUUAACUUGUUCUGAGUUCCCAAAGGCAGUAUUUUAAAGGAAGUUGAACUGUUAACAUCAUCUUAUCUGUUUAUACAUCGUACAACUUGGAUUUUAUAACAUCUUUGGCGUGUCAACGAACUUGAACUUAUGACUUUUGAAACAACGUAAUAAGUUAAUGGAAUUCUCUAUGCUUUGCUAUUGGCUAUUACUGAUAGCGGUUUGAUUCUUUGAUAUACAUGAGCAAACUGCUAUAUAUUUCUGAUGGCAGUUUCUCCCUAUCCAAAUUGACUUUUUGAAAUACAUGGGCAAUCUGAAGUUUAUCAUUUUCUCUUGUCUGCUUUGUUCAACUAUUUAUGCAAGACAUGAUUACCCGGAUUUCAUUUGUGGGAACAACCACUUUGACAUACGAUUCCCUUUUGCAUUAGAAGGCCAGAACCUUCAGAACAGUGGCUAUCCUGGUUUCACUCUUAGAUGUAGCAAUCAAGGCAGAGCAAUUCUAAGUCUUCCAGGUGCAGGAGAUUUUUAUGUACGUGAUAUCGACUACCUCACCCAAGAGAUACAACUCUACGAUCCAUCUAAUUGCCUCCCAAAACGGCUGUUGAAUUUCAACACUUCUUCUUCUCCUUCUUCACCUUUCAAAGCUGUUUCCCAUAGGAAAUAUACUUUCUUGACUUGUUCAACGAGUUCGGUUUUGUUUCAGUUCAAUGUCAUUGAUUGUUUAAGCAAUUCAACCACUUCUACUUUAGCUACUUCUUCAACGAGUCUUGCAAGCCAAAUGACAAGUUUGUAUAACUGUAGCAUAAUGAACACUUCGUCUGUUCCUGUUUCUUGGACUUCUCAAUACGAAUCAGAUAUUUCAACUGACCUUAAUAACGAUCUUGUGUUAACGUGGAAUGAACCAAACUGCCAAGAGUGUGAAGCAAAACAAGGUGUUUGUGGGUUCAAGAAUGCCACUAGCGGAGAAAUUCAAUGCUUUGAUAGUCCUGGGACAGGCAGCAACCGGGGUCUAGAAAUUUUCAAAUUUAUUGCAUUAACCUUACUUAUUCCAGCUAUCACAUGUGCAAUGGGUGUAUCAUGUUACAUCUGCUUGGAUUAUAGCCGAUACAGCCGCGCCAUGGCUGCAGUUCGGAACACCGCUGCUGCAAUCCAGAACGCCACCAACAGAACAACCGUAGCACCACAACCGGCAGCGACUGCCGGCCUGGACGAUUCGACAAUCGAGUCCUACACAAAAGUAGUCCUUGGAGAGAGCAGGAGAGUUCCGGGGCCAAAUCAUAUGACUUGCCCAAUAUGCUUGGCAGAGUACAAUCCUAAAGAGAUAGUAAAGAGCAUACCUGAGUGUCAACAUUGCUUUCAUACUGAAUGCAUUGAUGAGUGGUUAAAGAUUAAUGGUACUUGUCCUGUUUGCAGAAACAAUCCUUCUCCUGCUCAUGUUAAUUCUUCAUAACACAUGUAGUUUGUUUACAUUUGGCAUUUCGAAAUCAAUGUUGUAAGUCCCCACUCAAAGUUGUACAUAUGCUUACAGAACGUUUCUUUACUUCUGAAGAAGUUUAGCUAGUUCUCCUCA